AUGAAGCUGAAGAAGAAGAAUCGAAGGAAGAAGAAGCACGCUCCGUGUGGCACGCACCCUUCGCUGUUCAGGAUCCGUGGCCGAAAGCUCGAGUUCCUCAGAAUCCAGUCCGACCUGCAACGGACAAGCAGCACAGAGGCGUCCAAGGCAAGUCACAAAUGCAAGGCAGCUGUGCUGCUUGCCGUCGCCCUGCUGCUGCUACUCCUCGGUGCUCUACUGGUGGCCUAUUUCUUCACGAGUGGCACGAACACUAACAACGUGGUGGUGUGCCGCACGGACGACUGCGCUGCCUUUGGUCGUGAGCUGAGCGCAGCCAUCAACGUAGCGAUAGACCCGUGCCACGACUUCCACUCCUACGUAUGCGGCAGCUGGGACGAUCAGAGCCGUCAGGAGUCGACCGAAGGACGAAUGAGGGUCGCAGCCCUAAACGCCGCGCUCAAGGAGAUCAGGGACUCGCCGGACACCAAGGCGGCGCACUUUUAUGACAGCUGCCACAGUGCAGUCGCCGACCUCAAGGAGAACCUAAGACUGUUUGCAGAGUUCCGGAAAUCUCUAGGUCUAACCUGGCCUGAACGCAGCGUACAGGGGGCUAAACACCCGGUGGAAGUAAUGGUCAACUUGGCCCUGAACUGGCAGAUGAACUUCUUGUUUGACAUGAGCGUCGUCACUGUUCAGGAAUACCCAACGCUUCUCAUGACUCGCGGUCGCAUUGAUACCGAGUGGGAGCAGGACAUUCGAAAUCCCAGGACACCCGAGGAAUAUCAAGUUUACCUCAGAAUUAACUACGAAGUACUGGGUGUAAACGAAUCACAAGCUCGAAUUGAAACUGCAGAGCUGAUUCACAUUGAGGAGGACAUUGUCAGAGCCAAAAUCGAGUUUCUCUAUGACACCCCUCAGCAAGACUGGUACAGUGUGAACGCCCUUGACAGUCAGACGCCUACGGUACCGGCGGGUCUCUGGCUAAACGCCCUCGCUAAGUACGACAAGCAGUUCAACUGGACCAAAGACAGCACAGUGAUUGUCGAGGACGUCAAAAUACUAGAGAACAUAGAUAAGCUGCUCAAGAAGUUCACUCGCGAAGAGUUGGUCAUCGGAUUGUCGUGGAUAUUCAUUCAGACACACCUCUGGGCUGUCUGCGGUAUGCCAUCAUUAAGGUUCCGCGCAUCUUUCUCCGAGCUGAAAAGAAAGCAGGCAGAUCGUUGCAUGACGUACGUGCAAUCCCUCCUCGGUCUGUACGCAAUACCGAAACUGAUGACCACACGCUACGGCUACGCUGAAAGCCGUUACGAGGCCUUCAGCUUUAUGCACAGAAUGAACGAGCACAUAAAACACCUUGUUAAUGCCACGCCAUGGAUGGAUGAAGAAAGUAAGCGCAUGUCAUAUUCAAAGUUGGACAAAAUGAAACGCUUCGUAAUGCCUAAUGACAGUUUCUUCAUCAAGAAGGAACGCGAGGCACUGUACAGCGUGUUUCCGAACAUGAAGGGCAAGAAUUUCAUGACGAACCUUGUGGGGGCUUCUCAAGUUUAUCAGCGCCUCCGUAGCCACAAACGUUUCCAUGACGUGUACAGCGUUCGCAUGUUCCCACAUUUCGGCCGUGAGCUUUACUUGUACUUGCCCAACACGAUGACGCUUGCAAUCGGCGACCUGAAUCCGCCGCUCUUUUACCAUAACGCCACACUGGCCAUCAGGUACGGUGGACUGGGCACCUUAGCAGGUCGACAGAUGGUCAAGACGUUAGAUGCAACAGGCGUCACUGUGGACGCCGCCGGCGUUCGCGGAACGUGGCUGAAGCCCCCUGCGGCCGCAGUGCAUGCCGAGAAGUCCAACUGUGACGUCCUCACUACGACAGACACCACCAGGUGGCGACCACUACGAAUGUUUCCCGCCGUGGUAGGCUUGGAAGUCGCAUAUGAGAGCUUCAUUGCUGCCGUUACACGGGACUAUCAAUCACUGGAAGACCUCCGGAUUCUUAACCUCGAGCAAUUCACCGACAGCCAGAUCUUCUUCCUCACGUUCUGCUAUUCGGUGUGCUCAAAGAGGCCUGAAAGAAAGGGUGACGACUGCAAUGUUCCGGUGAAAAACUCGCUCCGAUUUGCCGAAGCGUUUCACUGCCCUUCAAACGCCCCCAUGAAUCCGCCUAGGAAGUGCAGCUUCUUUGAACAGUGA